AUGAGGAAGUGCACUGCCGCUCUCUGGCGCACCUCACGGGCUGCUGCCCUCAAAACUCACCCCAAACCACGCCCACUCAGCUCUGCCGCACCCCCACCCAAUGCCCAGGUCACAGUCUUGCCGAACAAAAUACGCGUAGCAACUGAGAGCACCCCAGGGCAUUUCUCGUCCGUCGGUCUCUACAUCGACGCUGGGGCUCGAUAUGAGACAUCCCAUACAUCCGGCGUCUCCCAUUUCUUGGAUAGGAUGGCAUUCAAGAGCACCGGAACGCGCUCAGACGAGCAAAUGUCCUCCGACAUCCACUCACUCGGUGGACAGAUAAUGUGUUCAUCGUCUCGCGAAUCCAUCAUGUACCAGUCCUCCCAUGCUCACAAAGGCACACCUCUCGCCCUCUCCCUCAUCGCCGACACUGUCCUCAAUCCCUCCUUCAAACUUGAAGAGCUCGAAGCUCAGCGCGAUGCCGCGUACUAUGAACUGCGGGAAAUUACCUCCAAACCUGAUAUGAUCCUGCCUGAAAUUAUUCACGGCGUCGCUUAUAACAACCAGGGCCUCGGAAAUCCGAUGCUCUGCCCGGAGGACAGAAUACCAGCCAUGAACGCCGGACUGCUGAGCUACGGUAUGUCGGAAUGGUACAAGCCAGAACGCAUGGUCGUAGCUGGCGCUGGCAUGCCUCAUGAAGAGCUCGUCGAACUCACAGACAAGUUCUUCUCUUCGCUCAAACCCUCGACAACAGCCGCGUCGGCCACACAGUCCGCCCAAUCCCGACCGAACAACUCCGUCAACGUACCUCCACAUCUACUUUCCCCUUCGUCACCUGGUGUAGCCAAGUCGCUCACCCGCGCAGCUUCUUAUCUCUUCCCCCACUCCUCUCCCGUAGCUCCCAGCGUUGUUCCAAAAUCUCCCACGUCAACAUACACAGGUGGACACAAAUUCAUUCACGACCCGUCACAAGAGCUUAACCACCUCUACGUCGCGUUCGAGGGUCUGGGUAUCCACGAUGAUGACGUCUACACGCUUGCGACGAUGCAAGUCCUCCUGGGCGGUGGUGGCAGUUUCUCUGCAGGCGGACCCGGCAAGGGAAUGUACUCCCGUCUCUACACCAACAUCCUCAACCACUAUCCACAAAUCGACCACUGCGCCUCCUUCCACCACAUCUACACCGACUCCUCCCUCUUCGGGCUCUUCGCCUCCUUCCUGCCCGCCGGCUCAGGCCUCUCGGGGGGCAACACCCCGAGCCAGAUUCUUCCACACCUUGUACACCAGCUGAGCCUGUUGGUGUACAUGGACGUGCCAAGGGAUGAGCUCCAGCGCGCGAAGAACCAGCUUACGUCGAGCUUGAUGAUGGCGCUGGAGAGUCGGGCGGUAGAGGUAGAAGAUCUUGGACGGCAGAUUCUGGUGCACAAUCGUAAGGUGCCAGUUACGGAGAUGACGGAUAAGAUUAAUGCCGUUACGCUGGAGGAUGUGAAGAGGGUCGCAGCGCGGAUAUUUAGCCCCGACUCUGGAAGUAGGCCAACCGUUGUGUGCAUGGGUCAUGAAGACGUCGGCGACUGGGGUCCUGUCUUCACCAAGUACGGUCUUGCAGGUGCAUGA